CAAAGUAAUUGUGAAAGAUAAGGAUAUGUGCAACAGAUACUGUUAUUUAUUAAUUUAUUAUCCAUCCAAUCGCCAAGGCCACACUGCAACCACAUAGGGAAAAAUUACCACAACUCAGCCAUACUUGCUCAUUUAGCACAGUGUAGUAGUUUAUCAUGCAAGUCGAAACUUUCAAAGGUUCCACCCCCAGAAUCUUUAUAGCGUCAGAGUUCAAGAUACACCCCGAGCGCCAAGUGUUCCAAUACCAAAAAGCUCUUCUACCAUAUUUGAUCAACGGAAUGGUUAUCGAUCAUAUGCCCAUUCCAAAAUUCGAAACAUUCGAGCCCAGUGGGAUCCGUGUGAGUUUGCCGGAUAUGAAGGGCAUUACCGAAUUCUUCUUUUGGGCGAAUAUUAACGUGGAACUGGACGGAAAGAAUUUGGGCGAUAUCCAACUGAUGACCUACGAACCUACAGACGGUGUGUGGGUAAUCGAGGAUGUGGAUGUUAAAUUGAAUCCCGGUGACACCAUUUAUUAUACUUUCUUCGUUAACAUCAACUCUGUUGUUCACCGGUACGAAAGGCAGAAGUACACCGUUGAAGAACUCAUUGAGCGGCCGACCACCACGCGCGAACCAAUUACAACCACUACAACUACCCCUGCGCCGUUGUCCACUACGAGCACGCCAAUUACAACCACCACAACUGAAGAUACCUACAAAAUGCUCUGUUGGAGUACCCCACGUUUGGACGCAAACAAGCAACAAAGAUAAUUAAAAGUAAAUGUCGUCGGGCCUAAUGAUCUAAAAAGGAAUCGAGGGGGAGGAGUAACUUCUCACUAAGUUUAUGUUGUUCAUCUCAAUAUCGCUGUGCUAUGAAUAUGAAUAAAGACAGGUAUAAAGUUGGUAAUGAUGCGCGCCGUUGGAACCACCCUCUAUGGAUGGGCGCAGUGUUUAAAUGAUCUGAACGGAGUUAAAUGUGUGCGAAAAACAAUAAAAAGCGCAUGGAAAAUGCUGUGGUCCUAGACAAGCAAAGGGUCUGCUACAAGUACCAUCCAGCCAAUGGACUGAAAGCUAAUUUAUGCCUAUUGGCCAAUAAUGGACGAAAGUUCUGAAUGAACUAUUUGGAAUUUUUUUCAUGUCUAUAAGUCAUGAUCUAUCAUGGAAAGUGUUUAUCCUGACCAAUAAUAAUUGAAACUUGUAAAUUUACGUUAUUUAUCGAGACCGUCAACUUUCCAUGCCGCAGUAAUUUAAAGGGUCUACCGUACAAAAAUCGAGUUGCUGUGAUCGGAUUAAUUUUAAGUUAUAUUACAGCAGUUACUUCUAUGAAGGUAUCCUAAAAAGGAAAUUGGAAUUGGAGCUGUACUUUUUUGUCAAAAAUUAUUUAAAGUCUUAAAAAAUGUAAAUUUCAUUCAAUCAUAAGUCCGAUUCUAUAAAAGCUAUAGUGUUCAAAUUUUAUAACUAGUUAGGUUAAACCAUAAUACAGAUAUCGGUAUAUUGCAUUCUGUGUAAAAAACUUCAAAAAAGUGUUUUUUAACUUUUCCUAUACAGGGUGGUGACUUGUGUAACGCAUCAUAGGGAUUUCAAUGUAAAAUUCAUAACAUGCGAUUAUUGGCUCCCCAAAUUAUU